UCCAACCCCUCAGUGAAUGCCUCAACUCAAUCCCAACCCAUGAUUCCUUAUCCUACUGAUCUCCUGAUUCUCAUUAAUUCUUCUUUUCUUCACGAAACUCCUCUCGACAACGCCUCUUCUCCCACUCCCCAAUCUCAACAAUAACCCCACAAUCCCAAACUGAACCUGACUAUGAACCUAAGCCUAUUUGACCAAUUUGCCAGCCCAGAACUGCUGGGAAUCCCCCUAAUUGUAUUCGCUAUCAGCCUUCCAGUAACUCUCACCUUAACUUCUAAUGCCCAACUCACUAACAACCGACCUACAAUCCUCCAAUCCUGAUUAAAAAUUGUAUUCACCAAACAACUCUUAUUACCUCUCAGCACUAAAGGACGUAAAUGAGCAGCCGUUUUCACCUCCCUAAUAAUCUUCCUCACAACCGCCAACCUUCUAGGACUUCUACCCUACACCUUCACCCCAACCACCCAACUGUCUCUUAAUAUAGCCUUAGCAGCCCCAAUAUGACUAGCCACAGUACUGGUAGGUCUAAAAAACCAACCAACCAUCUCCUUGGGCCAUCUCUUACCCGAAGGCACCCCCACCCUCCUAAUCCCAGCCCUAAUCUUAAUUGAGACUAUCAGCCUUCUAAUUCGACCCCUAGCCCUAGGCGUACGGCUGACCGCCAACCUAGUUGCCGGUCACCUUCUACUUCAGUUAAUUUCCAUGGCUACUUUUGCAAUAAUAUCUUCUCUACCAGCAAUUGCCCUACUCACAUCUCUUACUCUACUCCUUCUUACACUCCUAGAAUUUGCUGUAGCACUUAUUCAAGCCUUCGUCUUUACCCUUCUCCUCACUCUCUACCUUCAAGAAAAUUCUUAAUGACCCACCAAACUCACGCCUACCAUAUAGUUGACCCAAGUCCCUGACCCCUAACUGGAGCCUUAGCUGCCCUACUUUUAACCUCAGGGCUCGCCACCUGAUUUCACCAUAAAACCCUUCACCUUCUGUCCCUGGGAUUAAUCACCACCCUUCUUACUAUAUACCAAUGAUGGCGUGACGUAACUCGCGAAGGCACCUACCAAGGUCAUCAUACACCCCCUGUGCAAUCAGGCCUACGAUACGGAAUAAUCCUCUUUAUUACAUCUGAAGUCUUCUUCUUCUUAGGGUUCUUCUGAGCUUUCUAUCACUCAAGCCUAGCCCCAACACCCGAGCUGGGUGGACAAUGACCCCCCAGUGGCAUCCAACCAAUCAACCCAUUUGAAGUCCCACUUCUCAAUACAGCAGUC